UAAAUACCAACAUAUGCACGAAAAUGCACUGUACCUGUUAUUCAAAUAAAAAGUUGAAGCCGCAUUUUAUUUCAAUGAUAGCAUCAACAAAUACGUUAGGUCAAAAUGUUCAGUUAUGUUGUGCAGGCGAUUAUAGGGGGGGGGAUGGUAGAGAGAAUAGAGAGUCCGGCGUUCAACCGAACUCAUUAGAAGAUCUUUAUCUAGAUGAUUGGUACGCAAUCAUUUUUCCCAAAACAUUUUGCCAAAAGAUUCUCAUGUAACUGGUCAAUUGCUGCAGAAAUUGUUUACUCUCUGUCUGGCCAUGUCCAGAUCUAGAGCUUCUCUGAAAUCCUAACCCCCUAUUUAAAGUUUCUCGACUUAAACAGAAAGUUUGCAAAGUUGAGUCUUUUGUAGCGUACGUAGAAGCAUAUCUGUCUGGCGUAUGGAUCAAGAGCUUCGAUGAAUGUUGAGUAAAAAGAUGUUUCUAUGUGUUCGGGUUUAGCAUGGCAUCUGUCAUGAUUUCCUGGACAUAUAAGAAUAACAAUGCAUGUAAAUGGGAAAUUGUACAUUAUACUUACAAGCUAAUCAACUCCCUGUUUCCUAGACGUUAUGUCCUUGUAAGAGUACGUAAAAGUUUCAAAUUUGAGCUUUCAAAACUAUUUUCGUUAAGGGAUAAUUCCCAGUAAAAAAGGUAUAGGUAAGCUAGAAAAUAGAUGAAGAGAAUCUAUUUUGGCAUGUUUUCUUGCUAUUGAUUGGCCCCAAAAAGUACCAAAGUGUAACAUUACCAGGAACCUAAUUAUAGAAUUCCUGACAUUUGUUCAUAUAACCUGUUUUUUGCAAAUUAUAAGGACAAAUCUCGGUCUAACAGCAGCAAUAAAAAUUUAAUGUAGAAAUAAUUUGCCUCAGAACACUUUUUUGAUCCUUCCAAAGCCAUGAAAAUAUUUAAUGACAUAGUUUAUAAACUGUAUUUGGUAUCAAAACCUUUUUAAAGGUACGCAUAAGCCGCUAUGUUAACUAAUAAUGAAUGCCACUCUGUUUUGACAAAAUUGUGAAGAGGCUUUCGAAAGCCAGUAUUAGAAUUAGAUUAUUCAAAGGCUAUGAUUUCAAGCAAAACUUUACUAUAGUACUUCCUUUGUUAAAGGCAAGUAUUAGUUAUAUAAGUAGUAUGUAUUAUUCUAUACUUGUUAAGAACAAUCUGCACUUGUUCUAUAGAGAUUUAAUAAAAAUAUUCUCACUUCUUUAAGCAAUUUAAUUUGUCUGACGACGAUUCAUCGUUUAGAAUCAGAGUAUAGCACAGAAUAGUAACAAUAUUGCUUUAAGUAUGAAGUUGGCAUUGCAUUUAUAUUGUUAGAAUUUAAGGAAAAAUUCCACGAUAUUGUAAAUUAGAUACAUAGUAAAUAGUGCAAAAGCCUAAAGUCACUUCUGUGUCGUCAAUCUUUAUAAUGCUCGUUGACAUUCUCGCUACUCUAAUGAAUUAUUGGAUAUAUCAUCGGGAAAUGAGUAUUUUUUUAUCAUUUUCGCGAUAAAAUAAGAAAAAUAUGAUAAAUUACUGUUGCUUUUCAAUGCUGAAGCAUUGGGUCAACACUGAUCUUUUAGCGGAUAGGACAUGAGGCAAUAUCCAAGUAUUAAUAUGCUGAUUAUGCUUAUCUUAAUCAUAUAGGGGGAUAUCAGGACUAACUUUCCAUCCUCUGAAGCUUUGUCCGGCUGCAAACUUUUGCCAAUUAUGUUCAGCCAUAAGAAAUUGUCAAGGUCAGCUUUUUGAUGCUCUUAUUUCUUUAUCUCGUGUAUCAAAGAAUUUUUAAUUUGAAGUGAGAAUAAAAUCUUAUGAAUGAUUAUCGAGCUUUCUCAAGGUUCUUGCAUUAUCUCAAUACAAAAUACAAACGUAUAAUGAAGAUCUCGAGACACCCUGGGUUGCCACAAGGAAAGGCUGCCAUGACGCCACACAUUCUACUAUAGCAAUUCAGUAUUCGAAGCUCUGCUUGUUAUAUGCCUUUCAAAAGAAUGCAUCCAUACUCAUCAUUAUUAAUAAGAUAUUACCAUACUGCUUCGAAAAACUCACCGGGCUCCUUUCAGAAGUGAAAAAUUCAGGGUGGUCAUAUUUUUAUGGUUUAUUUUUGCCAGAACUAAGCAUUGUUUGUUUCAGUGAGCUUGAAGCUCAUUACUCACUGGAAAUCAUUACAGCCCUUUCAUUUCAUGGCAUUUAAUGACAAGCCAGUUUGGAUAAUGUCUAGUGAACUAGGUUUUGCAGUCUUAGCAGCUCUCUAUUUGAUAAGCAUAGGGGGAGCUCGUAGAAUUUUCAAAGGUGCAUGCGGUAGUGAUGCGGCGUUUUAUCGUAUUGCAAGCGACCAUAUACUCGAUGAAGUGCCAAUUGCAAAGAACGUCACAAAAGAUUUGGUAGAAUGCAUCAACUUAUGCGUCAGCGUUGCAAAAUGUGUGGCAAUGAACACGCAUCAACGCAGUGAUAAUAAAAUCGACUGCCAUUUGCUUAAAGACGAUCACAUGUCAAAACCAAAAAAGAUGAUAGCGAAGAAAGGAUGGAAUUUCUAUGACACAGGAAGCAAGGAAAUAUCGCGCACGGUUGGUUCCCGAUGUGCAAGUUUUACGACCAAUCCCUGCCCAAGCCACUGUACUUGCGUGGAUACCUGUGAAAGCUACGAGUGUCAGUGUUACGGUCCAGAGAUAUUUCCAUCAUGCAGAGAAGCCUUGUUGUCAUUUCCAGAAAGUAGCAUUUUCCACUGGAUAAGACUGGAAGGAAUGAAAUCGGCAGUGUACGUUAGAUGUGAAAAAGGCAAGGAUGGUUUUUUUCGAGCCUCUUUUGACCAUGACAAUGAAGGAAGGAAAUACGUGUCUGGCUAUGCAACUCAAGCAUCAUACUACCGAAAUCUCGGCUACACACUGAACAAAUUAGAAGAUGUAAUAGAAUUUGUUAACGCAGCAGCAAGUUGCAGACAGCACACUAAACUUGAGUGCUACGGAAUGAAGCUUUUCAAUGGAGACUGGGGCUAUCUUAGAGGUCGCAAUGGCCAGAAACUCAGUUACUUUGGAGGCGGCCCAUCUGGUGGCACUGGUUGUGCAUGUGGGACAACAGGCACAUGCAGAGAUAAUACAUACAAAUGCAACUGCGAUGCCAACCUUGCAACUAUGUUGACGGACUCUGGUGACAUCAUUGAUAAAAACGUUCUUCCAUUAACAAUGAUCUACUUGGGUAAUUCAAUUGCAGGAAGCUACGGCUAUUACACCAUCGGAAAGCUGGAAUGCAUAGAGCCAUUUCCAUCCUGUAGAGAAGCCUUGCAAGAAUAUCCAAACAGUGGACACUUUCACUGGAUUAAAUAUCCACAUUCAACAAAAGCUGUUUACGUGAAGUGCCAAAAGGACAGUGAUGGUAAUAUAUGGGCCAACUUUGACCAUGAUGCUGAAACAAGAACGUUUGUGACUGGUUAUGAAACGGCAUAUUCGUACAAGAAAUCAAUCAAUUACGCUUACAAUGAUAUGAAUAGUAUCAAGGCUUUCAUUGAUGCUUCUUCCACAUGUAAGCAGUACACCAGGUACGAAUGCGUAAAUACAGCAUUUAUAUCUCUUAAUAAUGGUGCUCUUAUUGGACGUGAUGGGAAAAAACUCGCUUACUUUGGAGGAGGCCCGGCUUCAGAUGUAGGAUGUAACUGUGGAUUUACAGGGACUUGCGUUAAUCCGAAACUCAAAUGCAACUGCGAUAGCAACAGCGCAACUUCAACAGAAGACAAAGGGUUUGUUACAAAGAGAGCAGACCUUCCCAUAACAGCUAUUUGGCUUGGUGAUUCUGGUACUAGUUCACUUGAGUAUGGCUAUCAUACAAUCGGAAAGCUGCAAUGCAGAGAUACUUUUACAAGCUGUUACAAUGCACUGAGAAUCUUCCCAGAAAGAGAGUAUUUCUGGAUACUUCGAAGUCCAAUGACAGAAGCUGUUCAUGUCAAAUGUGUAAAGAAGAGCGAUGGAACCGAGUGGACUGAGAUUGAUGUUAAAACCGGAGCAAACGAUCUCAUAACUGGCGUAGCUAAUUGCCAUGGUUUUCAGAAACAGAUUGACUAUGGUGUUAACAAAGCAGCAACUAUUGCCUCUUUUAUUGAUAAAGCCGCUAGUUGCAAGCAAUACACUAAGUUGAGCUGCCAGGACAGCAAGUUUUUGUCCCAUAGCUGUGGACACCUUAAAGGACGCGACAAGAGGAAUCUACUCUAUUUUGGAGGAGGACCCUUUAAUGGAUUUGGCUGUGCUUGUGGAUACAAUAUGUCAUGUUUAAAUAGUGCACGCCGCUGCAACUGUGACGCGGGUAUCAAGGACACCGUUGUAUACGACCAAGGGUACGUCGAGGCGAAGGGCGAUUUACCGUUGACGGAGAUAAGCCUCGGUGGUGUAGGAAGUGCUGGCCAGUUCAUAGAAUACGAUAUUGGCAAGAUAGAGUGCACGGACGUAUUCAGCUCAUGCACAGAGGCACUGCUGAUGUUUCCAAGUGAAGUUAAUUUCUUCAUUAAACCUGAGACAUCGUCGGCACCAGUACGUGUUCAAUGCAAAGUGAUUGAUUCUGUUGUUUGGGCAAUAUUCAAACACGACAAUGAAGCAAAAAAGUAUGUCAAAGGAUACAAUACUGCAUUGUCUUAUAAACAGAACCUGAGAUACUACAAUGGAAUGCCAAGUAUCAUAGGCUUUGUCAAUUCAUCAUUCCAGUGCAAGCAGCAUGUAAGAGUUGACUGUCAUGGAACUUCGAUAAUCUACGGUGGUAACCAAUAUUUGGCACUUUUUGACCGGAAAGGUCAACGGCUGGACCACUUUCCUGGGGGAGCAGAAGGGACUUUUGGCUGUUCUUGUGGAAAAACAGGGACAUGCGUGAGCAGAGAUAAAAAGUGUAAUUGUGAUAUAAAUACAGAAGUGUUAAACCACGACGAGGGCUACGAAACUAACAAGCAGCUUUUACCACUAACUGCAAUUGCAAUGGGUGAUACAGAUGGGAGCAACGAAUAUGCUUAUCACACAAUCGGAAGUCUCCAGUGUAGUGAAACAUUCCCAUCGUGUGCCAAGGCAUUCGAAGCAUUUCCGUCUGUCACGAAGCAAUAUUUUUCAAUCAGAAAGGGUAGCAUGUCUUCACCUGUUUUUGUUGAAUGCGAGAAGAAGUCAGAUGGAACAGUGUGGGCCUACUUUAGUCAUGACAGUGAAUUCAAAAAAUAUAUCUCAGGAUACGAGACCUGCUUGUCAUAUGAGCAUGCACUCGUGUAUAAGCUUAACAAAAUUGCAGAUAUCGUUGGGUUUGUAAGUGCUUCAGCAUCUUGCCGACAGUUCACCCGUGUUGACUGUAGAGGCACAACAUUUGUAAAUGGAUUAGGCACAAUCUGUGGCCGACUUUUGGGGCGAGAUGGCAAGGCUUUACGGUAUUUUGGCGGUGGGCCGCACGACGGCUCCGGUUGCGCUUGCGGAAUCACAAACAGCUGCCUAGCAAGCACAAAAAAAUGCAACUGCGAUGCUAAUUCUGAUACUUUGACGUUUGACGAAGGCUACGUAACUUUCAAAGACGAUCUGCCAAUAACAAAGAUACAGUGGGGAGACACUGGAGCAUCUUCCGAGUAUGCCUUUCAUACGAUUGGGAAGCUUGAAUGCCAAGAAGCGAGUGCAUAAAUACCAACAUAUGCACGCAAAUGCACUGUACCUGUUAUUCAAAUAUUUUGAUUAUCAUCAAAUACGGUUUGAUGCUAUGAAACAACUAAGUACUGCAGAGCAUGUUGCAGACUGAGGGGGGCUAAAAUAUUGUUGGGGGCUAAUCAUGCCAAAAGCCAAAGCAUGUCGGGGGCUAAGCAUGCGAUUCUUUUAAAGUUGCAAGUAAAUUUUGGAAAUUGUUGGGGAGGAUCGAAAACCCCCGCUUCUGCGAUCUGUUGAAACUACUUCAAUCCUGUAAUAAUUUACACUGAUUUGCCUAGAACUGUAUCAGAAGUGUCCAACAAGGCACUUUUUAACCUCUUGCAGUACCAUGUUUCUAUUGUAUGCAUAUCCUCUGGUCUUCAUUACAAAGUACAGCAAGGUAGAAUGCAGUAGAGUUUCCUGACAAGACCUUUUAAGGUAUGAAGACACAAACGACGAGACUCUCUUAAGAUACGCUACCCUUGCUGCAGCCCUCAUUUUGCGGUCUCAUUUUCACCGCGGUUCGGAAGCUAUAGUACAAAUAUCUCUCCCUUCCCCCCCUCUUCCAAAUUAAAUUUCCGCAUUAAUUCGCUUUACCUAUAAAGCACAUAUAUAGUACGAUUUUGAAAUCGACGCACACUGCAUUUAAUAGGUUCAAAUAAAGUUACAAUAACAAAAUUUGACUACGGCCUUCAUUUCAGGCCUUGAGUGAACAAGUUUUUUUUUUAAUUUUUUUCACUUGAUAAGCUAACCCGAAAAUGAAUAUAAAUAGACAUAAAAACAUUAACACUGAAGUCACAAAGUUUUUCACACAAACUAGAGCUUUUGUUAAAUGUGAAUUGGAAAAUGUUUCCAUGCUAAAAACCGUUCUAAUUAUCACACAACAAGGUUCACGUUUUUACUUGCUUUUUUUGCAUUGUUGUCAUUUAAAGCAUAAACAACCACAAAAGUAUGGAUCUGUAUAUAAAACGACUCAAUGAUAAAUAAUUUGCUUAAGGCUGUUCUUGUAUUGAAUUGAAUUUCGGUGCUGCAUCUUGUCUUACAUAUAAUUCGUCCAAUAGUGUUUGAAAGUAAUGACAUGAUUAAACAGUAGCCACAGAUACGAUAAAAUGAUCGAAUAACAGCAAUAUUGGCUUAGAAAAAUUCAACUGAACCUCAUUUACUUAACAUAUUAAGCCACUUUCUUUUGGAUUUGGUUCAAAACUUUAGGAACUUAUCAAAGUUUGCAUCUGUCAAUUAACAUAUCUAAGCAUAUUGAUAAUAAUUCCCCUUACAUUCCUAGCAUUAUAACUGUGUUACUAUUGUGAUUAUAUUCCUAGCAUUAAACGUAAAAUCUCAUCUUUUCUGAAGUAUCGUAAUCAACUCUAUUUAGGAAUCAAUUUGUGAAUCAUCAGUUUGAUGAUUCAAUGAUUUGACACUCCCCGAUUGACAUUUUAUCGAAAACUUUACUCUUUGAAUCAUUUUGACAAUUCCUUGACCAUGAACCCUGUACUUGAAAACUUUUAACACCAAAAUCUUUGCUAAGGAACCAUUUUUGUCUGCAUUAACUAUUUCAAUUUUGUUGUUCAACAAUUUCACUAGAUGAUCUAUAAUGGUUUACCAUAGUUUUUCAUACAGAGACAAAUGAGUUGAAUACCAAAGUUCCCGCUGUACAUAUGUAUAUAUUAAUAUAUACAAUAUGUAUACAUUAAUAUAUGCAAUAUGUAUAUAUUAAUAUAUGCAAUAUGUAUAUAUUAAUAUAUACAAUAUGUAUAUAUUAAUAUAUACAAUAUGUAUAUAUUAUAUAAGUAAGUAUAUAUCAAUAUGUAUCUAGGCUUUUAUAAUAAUUUGCCUAUCAUGUUGCACCAUGUACACAAGUAGCUAUAUAUAUCCAUAAAGCUAAAUAGCAUCAGAUUCUGGUAAAAAUCUCAGUAACUAAGUAUGCUUUUCGUGAAAAAAGUGUUUACGAUGUUAUGAAACCCCUAAGAAACCUUUAGAAUCGAUAAUCUGAUUUGUGUUGCUGCUACAUCAAUUUGAAUGUCGUGUAAAUAUUAUCGCUAUGUACUGAUGUACUUGACUUGGAUCAUGUUAUAUUAACAUUUUCCAUCUUUGAGAAUAGUAAUGGUUACACUUUAUGAUGAUUGCAGUUUUAAUAAUGCCUGACAAAGUUGAAAUAUUUUACUCUCAGUCAGUUGUUUCUAAGAAAAUGGUCAAUUAAAUCUGAUCGACAGACAGAAGAAAAAACAAAAGGCGAAACAUUUCUGGCUUUUACAAUGAAAAAAGAAUUAUUAACUUCACAGAUUUAUUUUUUCUUUCUGAGAGACAUGGAUAUUAUAGCAAGUUUAACAUUGAAAUCAAAACUGUAAUUCCCACAUUUUUUCAUGAUUUCUAAUUUCCAAAGGUAUUGUCCUUUCGUUAUCAGUGUUAAAAGAAACUUCCUUAAAUUUUGAUAUCCAUGAAAACGAAAUAGCUAAACUUUGCAAGGCAAAAUCGACGAAGAUAUUUUCUAUGCGAUUCUGUAACACUAUUAUUUUUAAAGAUCGUCCAUUUCGUUUUUCCUGACUUACAAUAUUUCAAUAGAGAUGAUGGUCAUAGAUUUUGUUUAAGGCUGGCGUUGUCGUAAUACCAAUUAAUCAUAGCAAUAUAUUAAAGAAAAAAACAAAGGGCAUCACAAAAAGUUUAAUUACAACUGUUUAAAAUAAUGUUAUAACCAAACAUAGAGGAAACUUGAUGUAACGACCCCCCCCCCCUUUCCCCAUCACCCUCUCAUCCGAUAUAACAAUCUCUGGUUUUACAGUUAGAAUGCUCUGGUUUAACGUGCUCUGGGUUCAACAGUCUCCAGUCCUAAUUUACAUUCCUGGUUUCCUUUAAAGUUCGUCAUAUCGGUAUUCCAUUAUUCAAUGAAGUGUCAUCUUGUACAGGCAUACAGGUGUAUAGUUUGAUCUUGUAUAGUUCUUUGCUUGUGAUGUAUUUGUCAUAUUUUAAGAAUAUUCUCCUUCCACUGUUACAAUGAUCCAUUGCAUGAAACAUAUGAUUAAUUUAGUAUUUAUGAACUAUAAGCAUAAGCUUUAAACUGUAUCAAUUAUCAACAAGCUGUAUCAAUUAAUUUUUAAAGUAAAUUCCUUAUAAAUUUUUAAUAGCACAAAUUUGUCACAGUUGUCUUUAGUUUUUAUAAUUCUGCUAAAUUCUCCAGAAAUUCGGGACUUGCUAGUUUUAGAAAAUUUAGAAGGAUAACCUCAUGAUAACCAAAAAUCAGUUCAAAAUAUUUUGAUUGAAUCAUCAUGAUCAUUGAUAUCGCAAAAAUCAUCUAUUUCACGCAUCAAAGUGCAAGACAAUAAAAUGAGGGUAUUAUAAAAGCAACUCAUCAGCCCAAGACCCACGAUUGACAUUUCAGGGUGGUAUAUGUUGCUUUAUCAAUCUAGAUAUUUUUAGUUAGAGCUUUGCAAAAGAAGAUCCAAUACAGCAUUGCUGGUAUUGAAGUCAAUAAACAACCGCAUCAUAAACAGGUAUUUUCAAUUCUUCCAUAUUUAAUGGAAAUACUUGAGGAUAUCUUGUGUUGUGGGUAAAAUCUCAUCACAGGGACUCGUUAUAUUUAGUCUUUUGAGUAAGAUUUUCAAUAACCAAGUUGAUUUUAUGCAAUGCCUUUCUCUGUUUCGCUUCGUUUACGGUUGCGUCAAGGAGUUUUUGUUUCACUUCAUUCAAUACGAUAUCCGCUUUUUGCUGUAUGAUAUUAUCAUCACCAUCCUUGUAAGAUUUCCUUGACAGCUCUAACAAUUCAUAAAUUUCCUUUAAAUCAAUUGAAACUUCUUCCAUGUCUUGUAGAAUCUUUGUUACACCAAAUAGUAUUUCAAUGAAUGAUGUCAGCAUUUUCGGAAAUUCGUCGAGAAAACACUUACAGUCUUUUGCCAGUGAAAAUAUGUUUCCCAUGCUCAUAUCCUACAUGGAGGAAGAAAACUCGAAGAAUUUACUCCAAAAUGAUAAAUUACAUAUUCUUAAUAUUGAAUGUAGUAAAAUAGCCUUGCUUAUUCUGCACAGUGCCAAACAAUUAGAAACAAAGAAG